UGUUGCGGGCCCCAAAUACUGGUGAAGUCCCAACGUCGCAAGGAACGCGCGCAACUACAAAUCUCGCCGACGUAUCCUGUCGUGGAUGCAGAUCAGCAUCCGGCCAGGGCUUCGAAAACGACGAAGGAACAAGUGCAAUGACGCUGCGGCUUCGACAGGGGAAGUCUCCGCCGUCACCACUGCGCGUCUGAAGCCCCCCCUUCUCGUCCGCCCGAGGCUGCCGCGGCCUCAAUCCACCGCCUGCUGCUCGUUGAUGUUGCUGCGAGGUGACCAGCAGAAGCCUCCAUCUUCACCGUCGUCCUGAUUGAGCUCGUGACCAAGUUCAGGUGAACGGUGGGUGCUGCCAGCCAUGGCGUCGUCGGCUUCUCCAUCCCGCCUGCUGCUGCGGCGGCUGCUAUUUCCAGGUGCGGCCGUCGUCGUCGCCGGAGGUGCCCUCUUCUACUCUUAUCGACCUCGCAACAUCCCGGGCUCCUCCUCCGCUGCCGUCCCGCCGCCCACGUACGGCCCGGAUGGAUCCUUCACCAUGCCCAGGUUCCCCCGUGUGAAGUCGCGCCUCGAGCAGCUCGCCGACCUUGGCAAGAGUGCCGACCCGGAUGCCGGCGCCGAGUAUGAUAUGCUCGUCAUCGGCGGCGGGGCUACUGGAGCCGGCGUCGCCCUCGAUGCGGCCACGCGCGGCCUGCGCGUUGCCGUUGUUGAGCGCGACGACUUCAGCAGCGGCACGAGCAGCAAGAGCACCAAGCUCGUCCACGGCGGCGUCCGCUACUUGGAGAAGGCCGUCUGGAACCUCGACUAUAACCAGUACCAGCUGGUGCGCGAGGCCCUCAAGGAGCGCAAGUACUUUCUACAGACGGCACCGCAUUUAAGUAUGUGGCUGCCUAUUAUGCUUCCUCUUGACCGCUGGUGGAAGGCGCCCUACUACUGGGCAGGUACCAAGUUCUACGACAUUCUUGCUGGCAGCGAGGGCAUCGAGAGCUCCUAUUUUCUGACUCGGAGCAAGGCUCUCGAGGCCUUCCCAAUGCUCAAGCAGACCAACCUCGUCGGAGCUCUGGUAUACUACGAUGGCGCGCAUAACGAUUCCCGUAUGAACGUUUCGAUAGCCAUGACGGCUGCGCUCUACGGCGCCACGGUCGCCAAUCAUGCCGAAGUCACCGGGCUACUCAAGGACGACACAGGCCGCCUGUGUGGCGCCAAGGUCAAGGAUCUUAUCGCCGUGAAAGACGGGAACGCUGCUGCCGACAUCGUGGUCCGGGCAAAAUGCAUCGUCAACUGCACUGGCCCAUUUACCGACUCGAUUCGGAAGAUGGACGACCAGACGUGCAAGGAGAUUGUUGCUCCCUCCAGCGGCGUUCAUGUCAUUUUGCCCGGAUACUAUAGCCCUGGCAAGAUGGGACUCAUUGACCCGUCGACAUCGGACGGGCGGGUGAUAUUCUUCCUCCCCUGGCAGGGCAACACCAUUGCUGGCACGACGGAUUCGCCAUCGCCGAUUUCCUCCAACCCCCUGCCAGACGAGGAGUCUAUUCAGUGGAUUCUUCGCGAGGUGAGCCAAUAUCUGUCGCCAGAGAUCAACGUUCGUCGCGGAGACGUUUUGGCUGCUUGGUCGGGCAUUCGGCCUCUGGUCAAAGAUCCGAAGGCCAGAAACACCGAGUCCCUGGUUCGAAACCACCUUGUGCACAUAUCCUCGUCGGGCUUGUUAACGUGCGCUGGUGGCAAGUGGACUACGUAUCGCCAGAUGGCCGAGGACUGCGUUGAUGCAGCCAUCUCCGAGUUCCGCCUCACGACGGGCCCCGUGGGCGACGCACCCCGCGUCAGUGGCACAGAAGUAGUCGAUGAUGGGGCCAUACUGGAUGGCUCAUGCCAAACACACAAAGUCCGUCUGAUCGGUGCCCACGGCUUCAGCAAGACACUCUUCAUUCCCGUGAUACAGCAUUUCGGCGUGGAGACAGAGGUCGCCAAGCACCUAACGGAAAGCUACGGUGACCGAGCCUGGUCCGUGGCUGCUCUCUGUAGCCUAACGAACCGACGGUUCCCCGCCCGCGGCGAACGCAUCUCGCAGCUAUAUCCGUUUGUGGAUGGGGAGAUCCGUUAUGCUGUACGACACGAGUACGCCCAGACUGCCGUCGACGUGCUUGCGCGACGGACCAGGCUGGCGUUUCUGAACGCUCAGGCAGCCUUGGAAGCCCUGCCGCGGGUCAUUGACAUUAUGGCGGAGGAACUUGACUGGAACGGCCGCCGCCAAGAUCUGGAAUGGAAAGAGACCGUCCAGUUUCUCCAGUCCAUGGGCUUGCCGCAGCCGAUGUUGUCGGCCUCACGCAAGCAGGUUGAACAGGGCAAGCUGGACUUUGCCAGCUCUCUCGAGUGGAACAUGUACUCGCGACACGAUAAGCCGACAGAGUAGUGGGGCAUCGCUCACACCUCUUUUCGUGCCCGGGGACUGAUGAACGGCUGGACGCCUCGGCCUCGGAUUAAGUAUCAAGGUGAAUGAAUUGGAGGCGAUGGGCUUUUGGUUAGUAUUUGGCGCCCUUGUUUAAAUCCAUUCCGGGUGCCUGGCGCUUCUAUGUAAUUAAUAUCGGGCGGGUAGGCGUUUCGCGGUGUUGCUGCUGCUGCUGCUGUCUGCUUUUUAGGAUUCUUGGUUGUAUAGUUAGGAAAGUGCUUGACAAAUGAGGUUCUGACGAUAUUAGUUACUUGUUGGCGGCUUCACCGCCACAGAAUCAAUAAGCUCAUCGCUAGC